AUGGCCGGCUGGGUGUUCUGUAACGGCUGCUUCCAGCCGCCCGGCCGCGCCUCGCACUUCAGCCUCACCAGCUGCGGCCACGUGUACUGCGACGGCUGCCUGAGAAGAGGUAAGGAGGGCGAGUGCCUCAUCUGCAAAGUGCCCUGCCGAACAGUCUUCCUCUCAAAACACACGGACCCAGGGGUCCAGGCGCUCUUCAUGGGCAUAGAUGGCCUGUGCAGGAAGUACUCCAAGGAGACCUCCCAGAUUUCAGAAUUUCAAGAAAAACACAGAAAGAGGCUGUUAGCCUUCUACAGAGAAAAGAUCGCCAGGCUGGAGGAGACCCUCAGGAAGGCAAUGCUGCGGGUGGAGCAGCUGCAAAGUAUGAGACCGUCCCAACACACAGCCUUCAGCGCGCUAAGAAGUCCAGUUUCAAAGCCCCGCGGACAGCUGCUCCGGCCUCCCGGCUCCUCCGCCUCCUCCGAGAGGUUGGAGCCCAUGGAGGUCGACCUCACGCCCUCCCCCCUGAGAAGGCCCGAGCCAGCCGGCCCCACCAGAGUCUCCCUGAUCAGUCCUCCCCAGGACGGACGCAUGGGCAGCGUCUCCCGCCUAGGCCCUCAGCAGCUCAGCCUGACGCCAGGUCGCACCAGCGGGUUCCAGACGCUCAGGAUCCCACCUGUGCUGAUGCCCAGCCUGGGGGCAUCCCAAAACCUCGGCCUCCAGGCGGCUGGCAGAGCGGGAGGAGGGGCCUCGGCCCCGGCACCCAGGCCGCCCAUCAGCAUCUCCGGGCUCCUGCAGAGGCAGCAGUCAGGCAAGGACCGCAGCCUCCCUUGGAGAGCGUGUGACCAGCGUGUCGUGUGUGGCAGCGCGUGUUCCCGAGUUGUGUCUGAGCUUCCCCUUGGUGCCUCAGGGCUGGUGUCGCUCACACGGUGUCACUGGGCUGUGCUCCACAGGGUCUGCCAGCCUUGGGGGCUUCCCGCCCAGGAGGUGACCUCCUGCCGUGCCCACCGCACUCCAGCCGCCCUCCCCGCGCUCACCGCACGCUCUUGAGGCAGUGGUGGAUGGUCCAUUUCUCCUCAAUGCAGCGCUCCGGCAAUGCCAUCAAA